AUGAGUUCAAAUCUUUCAUAUUACAAUAACUUCUCAUCGGGUGCGUCUGAAUCGAUUAAAAAGAUUGUUUACAAUGAAUAUAGAGGACGGAAAUCACAAAAACGAAAAGAGAUCAUAAAUGAAGAACGACGGCAGCGAUUUGAAGAAAGGCGCGAGAAAAAGCGAAAAGAGGAAGAAGCUGUUCAAUCCACAUAUCGCGAUCGAGCCAAGGAGCGGCAAGAGUUGGGAUAUGAUCGUGAUUACGAGGGCCUUCUUCCUGAAGAUUAUGCAGAUUUGACGGAGGAGGAAUUGCGGUUGUUGGGAGGUGAUGAAUCGCGUACCCACUUGAUCAAGGGUUUGGAUAUGAUUUUAUUGGAAAAGAAACGACAAGAGAUCGCGCAGGAAGAAGAGGAAAAACGGCAAAAGGAAGAAGCGAAGCACGAGUUAUUGGUACCUUUGUUCUGUUGUUCAUUCAUCCAAAGUUACACACUGAGAAAUAUGAAACCGAUAUGGCAAAACACAUUCACACAAUCCUCUUUGAUCGUGCGGCUCAACUUGAAAACUCUUCCAUUACAACGUACUUUCUUUUCGAAUUGA